GGAGACGAAGCUUUCCGUCAAGAAGUAUCGAUCAUGGCAGUCGCCGUGCCGAGACGCAUGCUCUUCAUCGACGGCGAGUGGAGGGAACCGGUCCUCAAGAAGCGGAUUCCCGUCGUCAAUCCCUCCACCGAGGAACUAAUAGCUGGUGUUCUGUUCAUCUUUUCCCGCGCGAUGCAUGAGAAGUCGUUUAAUAAGCAUUUCUCAGUGGAAUUCAUGCGGAUUGGGAUUUUUUUUAUUUGAUUGGCAUUUGAUCAGGGGAUAUUCCAGCUGCUACUGCGGAGGAUGUGGAACUUGCCGUGGAUGCUGCUCGGAGAGCCCUCUCUAGGAACAAGGGAAAAGACUGGGCAAGAGCCUCCGGUUCCGUGCGAGCAGGGUAUAUGCGAGCUAUUGCUGCUAGGAUAAGGGAGAGGAAGUCUCAAUUCGCUAAACUUGAGGUAAUGGAUUGUGGGAAGCCUUACGAUGAAGCGACAUGGGAUAUGGAUGAUGUGGCUGGCUGUUUUGAGUAUUAUGCUGACCUUGCUGAGGGUUUGGAUGCAAAACAGAAGGCUCCUAUCUCUCUUCCGAUGGAGUCAUUUAAAAGCUACGUUCUCAAGGAACCUAUUGGAGUGGUUGGGUUAAUCUCACCAUGGAACUAUCCUCUCUUGAUGGCUACCUGGAAAGUUGCUCCUGCAUUGGCUGCUGGAUGUGCUGCAAUUCUGAAGCCAUCUGAGUUGGCAUCCUUAACAUGCUUGGAGCUUGCUGAUGUUUGUCGGGAGGUGGGUCUUCCUGCUGGUGUUCUCAAUAUUCUGACCGGGCUAGGUCCUGAAGCUGGAGCUCCUCUGGCAUCUCAUCCUCAUGUAGACAAGAUUGCAUUUACAGGAAGUAAUGCUACAGGACAGAAGAUAAUGGCAUCUGCAGCUCCACUCGUUAAGCCAGUGUCUUUGGAGCUCGGUGGAAAAAGCCCAAUUGUUGUGUUUCAGGACGUCGACCUUGAUAAAGCUGUUGAAUGGACCAUGUUCGGUUGCUUUUGGACGAAUGGUCAAAUUUGUAGCGCAACGUCUCGUCUUCUCGUACAGGAAAGCAUAGCAACUGAGUUUCUUGACAGGCUCGUUAAAUGGACCAAAAACAUCAAAACAUCUGAUCCUUUUGAAGAAGGUUGCAGACUUGGUCCAGUCAUCAGUCGGGGGCAGUAUGAGAAAAUAUUGAAGUUUAUAUCUACAGCCAAGAGUGAAGGAGCGACCAUUUUAUGCGGUGGAGAUCGUCCCAAGCACUUAAAUAAGGGGUACUUUAUCGAACCAACCAUCAUAGCUGAUAUAGAUAGAACCAUGGAGAUAUGGAGAGAGGAAGUCUUUGGACCUGUUCUCUGCAUUAAAACGUUUAGUACGGAAGAGGAAGCCCUCGAGAUGGCAAAUGAUUCCCAGUAUGCCUUAGCUGCGGCCGUGAUAUCAAAUGAUUUGGAAAGAUGUGAGCGGAUGACUCAGGCCUUUCAGGCAGGCAUUGUGUGGGUCAACUGCUCACAGCCGUGCUUCACUCAAAAUCCAUGGGGAGGCAACAAGCACAGUGGUUUUGGUCGGGAACUUGGGGAAUGGGGGCUCGAGAACUACUUGUCUGUGAAGCAGGUGACACAGUAUAUCUCGAAUGACCCAUGGGGAUGGUAUCAACCACCUUCAAAGCUGUGAAAUGGUUUCUAAGGUCAGGUUCAAUAACAAACUCACAGUUGUAUCGAACUCUCGGAAAUAAAUUAGACCUGCUACCCUUUUUUCUCGAACUUUAUAGAUAUCUCGUUCCUCAA